ACUCUUCAUUUCUUUCCACCUUCGCUCAUUUUUCUCUGCGCCUCAAUCCCUCGCACCCGCUCGAGUUGGAGGCUUGGGAAGAUUUUUGUAUUUUUUUUGUCGUCGGUUUUGAACAGAUGAAGAAGAAGGAGACUCCGGGCCAUUCUAUACACGAUCACUCUCUGUUUUUCGACAAGUUGAUAGAGCUCAUACCUGCGAGGUUCUAUCUUCCUGUUGAUGAUAAAGACAAGCCGUGGUUUCAGGGCUUGAGCAAGACUGCAAAAGCUUCUGCGAAGAAUGAAUCCAGAGAGAACAUCAAGAAAGCUCGGAGGGAUCGAUUAGACCCCGAGAAAGCUUCAACAACCCUAGACUUGCUCAAACAGAGUUUGGAAAAUGGCAAAGAGAAGUACAAGGAUAAAUCAGAAGGAGAGAAUGAAAGGGAGGGCGGAACCGAACAUAAUCCUCAUUCCAAUGCCGAAAACCGAUCGGUGACUUACGAAGAGCUCCGGCAACGGCUUCAUCGUAGAAUCGAGGAGCUUCGAGGGAAUCGAAAAGGUGGUGACUUGGAUAAAGCAAAGAACGAGAAGAAGAAAGAAAUUCAACGAGGGAAACGAAAAAGAAACAAUACCGAGGCCCAAGAAAAGAAAUUCAAUGUCAGCGAAUCCUCGGAAAAAAUAAAAAAAGACGCAGCUGAGGCUUCUGACGGACUCACUUUUACUCAUGUUAAGAUUGGGAAGGAGAAUGAACAUGGCAGGAAGAAGCGAAAACUGUCAAAGUUGCAGGAACUAGAGAAAGCGAAGAGACUCGAAGAAGCAAAGAAAGAUCCAGAGAAGGGUGAGGUUAUCUCCCAGAAGCAUUCUUGGAAAGCAGCAACAAUUAGAGCUGCGGGGGUUAAAGUUCACGAUGAUCCCAAACUGUUGAAGCAGAGCAUAAAGAAAGAGAAGAAGAAGCAUCAGAAAAACGUUGAGAAGUGGAAGGAGAGAAUCGAGAAUAAGGAGAAGAUUAGGGCGGAGAAGCAGCAGACUAGGUCAGGUAACAUAGCUGAGAAGAUUCAUCAAAAGAAGUUGCGGAGGAUCGCAAAGAGAGAGAAAAAGCUCAUGCGUCCCGGCUUUGAAGGUCGCAAGGAGGGGUUUAUUAACGACUCCUAAGCUGAAUUCCCCUAAGGUUUUAGGUUAUUAUCAGUCCUUCAUAGUUCCUUUUUGUUGCACCUGAUGAAAAUGUCGAGGAUGAAAAAGAAAAGAGGCUUUCAUUUUCUAUAGAAUUUGUCAUAUUAUUUUUUUAUCCUUAUGAUUUGAAGGGGCUUUUUACUUAACAUUCCUUUUUUGAUGAUUUUGCAAAUGUUUCUUUGAUGUUAUCAUGUUAUGUGUAUGCUUAAUUGAUAAAAAUGUUAUUUCUAACUUUCAUUA